AAGGCCUAUGAUCUCAUAUUUUAAUUUCUUCUAUAUAUGUUCACUUAAAAUUUUAUGAGUAUUUAGUUACUCCAUUUUAUGAAUUUAGAAGAAACGAAGCUCCACUAGAAUCAACAAUGGUGGCAGCAAGAGCUUCCUCCGUCGUUCUGCAACCAACAAGAAAGCAGCGCAAGCUUCUCAAACGAAAAGCGAAAGUCAGGGAGAAGCGGAAAUCCAUGAAGGAGAAGAAGCUCAAGGAAAAAUCGAAUGUCACUCCACUCGUGACCAAGUACUGGUUCCAGCGGUACGAUCUCUUCUCCAAAUACGACGUAGGCAUCAAAUUGGAUGAAGAGGGGUGGUUUUCCGUCACGCCGGAGGAAAUAGCCUCCAGUCAGGCCCGCCGCUUCGCCGGUGCCGGUGUUGUGAUUGAUGCUUUCUCUGGUGUUGGAGGAAACGCAAUUCAGUUCGCGAAAGUGUGCCAUCAUGUUGUUGCCGUUGAAAUUGACCCAAAGAAGGUUGCCCUGGCAUCUCAUAAUGCUAAGAUUUAUGGUGUUCAAGAUAAAAUAGAUUUCGUAGUGGGAGAUUUUUUCCAGGUUGCUCCUUUCUUGAAGGGAGACGUGGUAUUUCUUUCACCACCUUGGGGUGGACCGUCAUAUAAGGCAAAAGAAAAUUUUACACUCGACUUAUUGAAGCCAAAAGACGGCCAUUCUUUGUUUCAAGUUGCCCAGGCGAUAACACCAAACAUCGUCAUGUUCUUGCCUCGAAACGUCGAUGUGCUCCAAGCAAGCGAGCUUUCAUGGCUGUCUUCUCCUCCAUUAGAUAUUGAGGUGGAAGAGAAUUUGGUGCAUGGUAGGUUGAAGGGAAUUACAGUCUAUUUUGGAGACUCGAAGUUGUGUCUGUAGCCACCAUUUGGUUGUCCCUUGUCAUAGAGGUAACAUCAGCUGAGCCGAAUGCCAGUAAGCUCGAGCAGUUGGAUACUGAACUCAAGCUCGAAUAGGUAAAUAUUCAUUAACUUAAGCUCGCUUGCCAAUUUUCUGUAACUGUUAUUCAGGCUCGAGCUCGACUUGUGUUAAAAAUGCGGAACUUGUUAUUUGAGCUCGAGCACGACAGCCAAGGCAUGAGCUUGAGCUUGUUCAAAAGCUUGUCUAACUUAAAAUGAAGAGCAUGAAGCAUUGACACUUUAUCAUGAAGCUCAUACGAUAUUGUUCGAGAUUAAUCGUACCAUUCGCACUUUGCUAUUCCUUGAAUAUAUAUGUGUUGCUAAACUCAACAUAUCGCCGAAAUAUAUGUGUUGGAAUUUGUUUGCAACAAAUGUAUUCGUUUGAAAAGGAUGUGUAUUUCUUUGGAAAAACAUACUGAUUAAGGUGGAUAUUUUAAUAAAUUACGCAGGCUUGGAAUUUUAUAAAA